CUUAUACGGUUAAUCCAACGGAAGGAAUGUAAGUAGAAUGAAUAUCCUAGAUUUCUGGUCCUUAGAAUUUCAUGCCUCGUACUGGGCAGCCAUCCCAAGAAAUGGAGGGUGCCGAUGUUCCCGAAGCCUUGCAUGAAUGGCAGCAAAUCCAGUCCCCACCUCCCCAAAACUCUCCCACAGUGCACCAAUCCGGUGUGGGAUGGGAGAUGGCGGAUGUCGGAGACAACCACCUCAACCCCAACGAUGACUGCUCAAUCUUCCCGGAAGGCCUACAAAUCCCCGUUCCGGAACUUCAAGCCCCAGAAGACCCAGACUCUCAAGGUGAUGAGGAGGAAAAUCAAAGGCCCCAGGGGGGAUAUGAUCAGAUACGGAGGUGUUGGAGGGUGCGGUUUGAGAUUAUGAGGGCCGCGGUCUUCCGGGUGGCCUCUAGCUUUCGUAACACUGCGGUGUGCACCGGGGGGUUUUGGUCCAUUGCGUCGGUGACCGGAGUGGUUGCGGCGGUGUUGCUGUCAUUCUUGUACGUAAGGGUGCGACGGUGGCGUCAAAAAGUCCACCAAGAGAGCAAGGAUCGUUUUGUUUUUCUCAUCAGAGAAAAAGACGAGAAGAUCAACCAGCUCUUGCUCCACAUAGCACAAAUGAAUGAAGUAGUAUCAGCACGCCGCAGGGUUCCUGUGUUCAGAAUUGGUUGAUUGACCGUGCAGUGUCAGCCAACCAGAUGUUGAUUUAGGAUCUGUCUCUCGCCUGUGCAUUAUGUAUGAAGUCGGCAUCUUCUUGUGCAUCAGAAAGUGGAAAGAGAUACAUGCGUUUAGUUGCUUAGACGCUUCUGUAUCAGAUUGGUGACUGAACCAAAUUCUUCAUAUUGUAUUAAGCACGUUGUAUCUAUCUAUCUGGGUAAUUUGUGUUCU